AGCGCGCGACGGCAGUUCGUCCGGCACCACCGUCGUUAACGGUUAUCGCCGCCCUCCACGUGCCAUCGCGUGUUAUUGCGUCCGUCCGUGCGUGCGAUCGUUUUUCGUUUCCAUCGAGUAACCCAUGUGCGUCCGAUUCGUCGCUGUGCAUUGUUGUGGAAUUGUGCGGUCCGUGUAAAUAUAAAAUUUUCUCGUGAGGUUUGGUAAUUUAUUUUUUUUGGAAUUGUUUUUCGUGUUUUCCCGAAACACGCUGCCGUCGCCGUGGGAAUCGCGCGCGUCGACGUCGACGUUUGCCGCACAACGGAUACGACGAAAACCGCGAGUGUCUCGACUCUCCGGACGAAUUUCCCGCCAAAGCCGAUUAAUUUGAAUCCGAGAAAACCGCUGUGCACUCCAUACAUGUUUUAUAAAAUGUAAUUGGAGUAUGGAACUUUGCGAUAUCGGCUGGCAAGGAGUGGGAGCAGCCAUUAUAUCGUCGGAUAACCAGCUUUGAGACGUGUUGACUGUUGACGUCAUCGUCAUCAUACACAAGUGCCAGCUGUUAUGCGUAAGCAAUGAUCUACCUGUAUAAAUUGAUCACGCUGCUGUUGUGGGUGCCCAUCGUGUUACACUCGGCAUCCGAAUUGGACUGGGUCACUGUGUGCAACCAGCAAACGUGCCGAUGUAAAUGGGUCAGUGGCCAGAAGACGGCUGAGUGCAUUAGCUCGGGUCUCACUAGCAUACCGAAAAACCUGAGCAAUGAGAUGCAGGUGCUCGAUCUGUCCAACAACAAAAUACUGGAGAUGAAUAAGGAUGCGUUCCGAGAGGUGGGCUUGAUCAAUCUGCACAAGCUAAUUGCGCGGAGCUGUUCCAUCGAACUUGUCGACAAGGACGCAUUCCGCGGCCUGGAGAUACUCAUCGAGCUAGACCUAAGCGACAACAACAUUCACGUACUGCACCCGGCCACAUUCCGGGAUCCGUUCCGGUUACGCAAGAUCUAUUUGAACCAUAACCUUAUACAGCGGCUACGGAACGGUCUGUUCAACAAUAUGUCUUUCCUACAAACGGUUGAGCUUAACGCGUGCUUGAUUACGGAUAUUGAGCCCAAAACAUUCUACAACGUCACCAAGUUCAACAGCUUAGAGUUGAAUGGCAACCAGUUGACUAAUAUUAAGGCCGAGGUCCUAGAGUCCGUGCCUAGUCUGAUAAACUUGGAAAUCACCAACAACCCAUGGCGAUGUGACUGCAAGCUUAGGCCUUUUAUGAAUUUGGUUAUGAAUAAAAACCUCUAUUUCAAAACAGCAUCGUGCGCCGAACCACCGAGGCUGCUGAACAAGCUAUGGGGUGAUAUCAAACCGGACGACUUUGCAUGUCAGCCAGUCAUUCAGUAUCCUGCCCAGAGUUCUACAUUUCAGCUGGACGACGACGAGCUGAUGACUAUCGGUUGUAAGAUAUACGGAGAGCCGAUGCCAAGCGUCCAGUGGGUAUUUAACAACCGGCCCAUAUCAAAUUAUUCACACGGCGAUUACAAAUUCACGGUUUACGAGAACGUAGACAACACCAUGGCCAAGUGGAUAAAUCUAACUGUGUCUCGAUCCCGUUUGAUUGGCAAAUCCGAAUUCAAAUGCAUCGCACAAAACCCUGCCGGGCUGGAAGAGCGUAAAAUCACCGUCAUCGUUCAGGGCAGUAGUAACAAAAGCAUCCUGGGUGGUUCAGUCAGCAUGAAAGAAUCGCUGCCCAUCAUCAUCGGCCUAGUAGCCGGAAUUUUCAUCAUCAUCCUGCUGUUAAUCGUGUGUUGUUUAUGCUGUUACCGACGUCGGCCGGGGGGUGGCGGUGUGCUGUCUAAAAAAUUACACGCCAACGGCUUUUCAAAUGGCGAUGUGCCCAACCAUCAUAAUCAUGUCACGUCGCUAGUGUCCGAACCAUCUGAACAGCAAAAGAGCCUUUUGGCGGUCGUGAAUCCGGUUCAAAAACCGCCCAGAAGAUAUGAAUCAUCACCUACUGGCACCGAAAUGACCGAACUGAAGAGGAAUUUACUAGACGAGACUUCCGUUAGCGGCGAUGCCGACGAACAAUUUUACGGCGAGUCGGGCGACGAGCUGGCCAACAUCAUCGACAGCAGCGGCAUAAGCGUGGGAAACGGCCGCUCGUACCGGAAGGGAACCCAUCCACCGGACCUGUUGGCGUUCCCCCGAGGCGGCGGCGGCGGCGGCGGCCACAGUUCGCCGGCCGGCAGCGUGGUGUCCACCGUCCCGUCGUUCCAGUCGCCGUUGCACAGUCCCAUCUACUCGGGAACGCUGCCGUACAACCGGUCCCAAUCGCCGUUCAACUCGCGUCCCGCACAGCCGCCGGCCGGCUACGUGACCAUUCCGCGGCGGCCGCGCGUGCCCAGCUGGGCCAGCAGCACCGGCGUCGGCGGGGCGUCCGCGUCCACGCCGAUCGGCGGCCACGUGGACGACCCGCUGGGCGUGGGCCGGUUGUGCGAACCGGUGUACGACAACCUGGGCCCGCGGACCACGGCCGACGGCAGUUCGGUGCUGUCGCUGACCAAGGCGGUGGCCGACUCGGCGGCGGCGGCGGCCGGGGUGCACAGGCCCAAGCCUCAGUACAGUCAGACGUUACCGCACAAGACCAAGCUGCACGGCGGCGGCGGACACCGCGGCGGUCCCAGAUUCGGCGGGGACGACUCGCAGGACGCGCGCAGAGUACCGUCGCCGGCGCCCAGGUCGCCGGACAAGGGAACGCCGCCGCCGCCGUCGCAUCACGUGUCCGGCCUGCCGCAGCAGCACAACGCGCUGCCUCCAAACUACUCGCCACUGGUGGAGAUGGACGCGAGGAACAGGAGCAGCUGGGCGCCGAGCAGGGUCGGCACGCCGGAGUCGGGCGUGCUCAAGCCGGCCAGCCAGACGAGCGUCAAGCGCAAGGUGCCGCCCAAACCGCCGCCGAAGCCCAAAAUGAAGGGCGGCCCGUUGUUCGAGGACGAAGGCGAGGACGGUACCGAAGUCUAAGGCCCGUUCCCUCGCGCGCGCCACGCGAACCAAUCCUCUGUACUUCCAUGAUGAUAAUAUAAUAUUAUAUGAUAUUAUGUUAUUACGUACUCGUAUUUUUUUUUCCGUUCUCAUAUUUAUCGAUUACAUGCUAAACAUUUUUUUUUUCGUUCAUUCAUCAUCAUCAUAAGGCGUUGUACGUUUUUUGUUUUCCAUAUUUUUUUCGGCUGCUAUACAAUCGUUUCAUUUUUUUUGUUUUUUGUCCUUCUCCUACUAAAGUUUUAUAAAAAAUAAUUUAAAAUGAAAGAAUCGAAGCGUGUUAUUUUAUAGUUAUAUAUUUAUAUAUGUAUUAUAUCGCAGUGUCGCGGUCGUCGUUGUAGUCCGAUUGUUCACGAUAUAGAAAGUGUUUUUCGUUUCGUUUAAAAAGUAUUUAUAAAGAUUACCUCCUCCCGAAGUUUUUAUUCUUAUAUGUUAUAAAUAAUUGAAGAACGCAUAAUGUGUUAGCCCCUCGGGGAUCAGUCGGAGUCUUAUUCAUAAAACUCGGUAAAAAAAUGCAAUCCUCUCGUGUAAGCCUACUCACUUAACGAUGUAUUGCGCACAAAGUGUUGAGAAUAUUAAAUAAUAUGAGGUUGCUCGUUUUCGAAUUGUGAACGUGUUGUGUACUAAGAUAGUAUAUUAUAUUGUGUUGUAUUUUUUUUUUUUUUUUUUGUAUAUGUGUUUAUGUUAAUAUUAUGUUUCUAUGAAUCAAUUUCGAUUUUAUCGCAGUCAUUGUCAAUAAAAAAAAAAAAAAUUUAAAAAAAAAUAGUUGUAUCAUACAUAGUGGGCGGUAUAUUAUGUAUAAAAUGUGUUUGUUCUCAUAAACCUCUGUUGUCUAUAUAUUAUUAUGUAUUGUCUUGUUGGUGUUAUUUAUGGUCCUUUUUUAAUCUGUAGUCGAAAAGUAAAAAUUUAAUUAAGUAAUUAUAACUUCCGAUCAUUACAAUGGAUCCUUCAAUUAUUUUAUUUUACAAUUUACGCAUCUUUAAUGUAUUUUUCGUUUAUUCUAGGACUAUGUUAUUAUUUAUAUUGGAUAUUUUUCAAUUUUUGUUUAAAACAGUGAUAACACGCAUUUUAAUUAAUAAAUGUCCAAUUUUACUCUUUUGUGUGUGUUUUUAAUAUAUUUUUUAACAAAUUUUGUUUUUUUAUACUUGCUUUGAAUACCAUUAUUUUUUAACUGUACAAACAUAUUGAUAAUUUUUAAACUUUGUGUAACUUAUAUAUUAUAUUUUAUAUGUAUUAAUUAAUUAAAACUUUUUAGUCAAAUGACAAAUGUUAAAUAUUAUAUUAUGUAAAAAAAAAAAUGUUUAAUCUUUUUUGUUUGAUUUUGCUAACAUAACUUUUGAUUACAGUUAAUUUGAUUUUCCAUAACAAUGUUAAAAAAUACAAUAAUAGGUAUUGUAAAAUAGUUUAAUCAUAAAUAUAUGUUUAUUAUGAAAUGUAAAGUAAUCUGAUAAGCAUAUUAAGGCCUCUUCAUGACUCUUGCCAAUAACAAAUUUCAAAGACAUCCAACAAAAAGGUUUUUGUAGAAAUAAUUGAAUUUGUAAAAGUUCCUGUAUUUAUAUUUUAUUUUAUUAUUAUUUUGUAUUUUGUUUUGUUUAUAGUUAUUAUUACUUAAAAUACAUAAAGGUUUAAAGAUGAUAUUCUUUGGAAAGCAAAGGUUUGCGAGUCGCUAAACUAAGGUUAACCAAAAGUAUUUCUCUAUAAUUACAUAAAUAUUAUAUUAUUGUGCUCGCUAAUGACUGAAAAAUGUGGAGGCAAAAUUGUAAUUGUAUAAUUUAUAAAUUAUUACUGUUGUAAAAAAGAUGUUUGUUGUUUCAAUUAAAAUUAAAUUUAAUAUUGCAACUAUAGUUGGAAAAUGUAUAUUAAUUUUAAAAAUAAAAUAAAAUAUUAUUAUUUGUGUUAAUAUUAUAGUAUAUUUUGUAUGAAAAAUAAAUAAAUGUCAAUAAGAACAUUUCAAAUGAAAUUAAA